AUGAUUCAAUAACUGAAGAAGCUUGUAUAAUCAAAUAAUUGCCCUCUGCCUAAGGAAAAUGGAUAGUAUUAUUAAGUAAAUGGAAACGUUUGUUAAGCGAUUUCAAAAUAGAAUUUAAGAGGUAAAUAUAACUUAACAACUAAACUCUGUGAAAGAAGUAUUGGAUAAGAGAUCUGUACUUCUCCUUAUCUGAAUUUAACAGGAUGUGUCUAAAUCACACAAGCUACGUCUUGUCGUUGGAGGGAAGAAAUUAACAAAUGUGAAAUAGUAGAAGUGAUUGAUUAAGUCACUAAAUGCACAGAAUUAAAAUAUUCAAAUCCAUCGGCAUGCUCUUCGAUUUCUGAGUUUGUAAAUAACAAGGCUAUAGAAUGUUAUUUUAACAGCAAUAAGCAAUUAUGGGAAAUUAUAAUUAAGGAGAAUUUAACUGAAAUUGAAUGUUUGCAACAGGGGUUAAACAAAUAUGGGUGUACUAUGAUUACAAAGGUUGGAUAGAGAUGUAGAUGGUUUAGAGGUUAAUGUACAAACAUUAGAAGUAAAGAAUAAAUAGCUUAAAUUUCAUGUAUUGAACUCAAAUAUGUUAAUCCAGGAACUUGUAGUCUUUGUAACUUUUAGCAAAAAUGUUUGUAAAUAUAGUUUUGA